GCGAUUCAUCUCCAUCUUUAUCUUAAGUAAAAAAAUUCUCUUCAAUCUCAUAUUCUGGCAGAAAGUUAGGGGUUCUUCGGAGAAGAUUUGGUCUGCAAUUUUGGAAUAUUUCUGCAUCGCCGUAGGAUGAAAAUCUGAUGUAAACAAGAAUAUAUUGACAAGGAAUGGAAAAAGAACCAUUUCUUUUUCGAUUUGAACCCUAACAGUUUCAUUUUGGGCGGAAUGAAAUCAAAAGAAAAUCCUCUUGGGCGGGUUUAUUCCCGCUUGGUGUUCUUGAACAACUAUAAUUUCAACCCUAACAUCUAUUCAGAGAUGUGAAGAGAUAUCUCUUUUUUGGGGGAUUAUUAUUUCAGAGAUCAAAAACAUCCAAGAUGACUGGAGGGAGUACGACCACUUCUUUUUUCGAGGGAAUGCAGCCCCACAUUGAACUGGCCUCCCUCUCCUCCUAGACAUAGCCCCAUAGUAUCCAAAUCAUCAAGUCAUGGUGAAUAUAGUUUAGGGAGCCAACCGGAUGGAACUGUGUUAACCCAUGGAUCAGACUAUGCUCUUAAUUCACAAGAUAAUGAAAUUGAGAACAUUCAUGAAAACAAUAAUGAUGGUUCAUUACUUGCUCUAGUUUUGGUUUUUCCAACCUAGAUGAGCGUUUUCCAGUAUUCUUUAAUGAGUAUGGGAAUGGGCCAGCACAAGGUGUACCCAUAAGGUGGUUUCAGCAAAAAAACCUAGAAGGUGGCUUGAAAAGGAAAAGGAAAGUCCCACUGGUGAGAUAUAUAGGCCAGACGUGUUUAUGAAGACGUAUAAAGUUACCCCAGAUGAUAAUCCCUCAUCUUCUAAAUCACUGGCAGCUGCAAAACUAGCAUUUGUGAAGGAGGCAUAUGAUAAAGAUCCUUCAACACAAAAGUAUUUGGGCACCGACGUUGUUUUCAAGAUAUUUGGUGCUGAUCGAAAAAGAUACGUACGCGGAAUGGGUGCUGGUGUUUCUAAAUCUCAGUUUCUUGCUUCUGAGUUUAUGAAGGCCAAGUUGCAGGAAGAGAAGCACACUGUGUGGAAAGAGAAGCACAAUGUGUGGAAAGAGAAGCAGAAAACCGAAGCUUUGAAUGCACAGUAGGACGCUGAAAGACAGAAAAACAAUACUGGAAUACAUCAUCAGAUCUCUAAUAACUCUUAGUAAUGUAUAGUCAGAUCGUAAUAUUAACAGCAUGAUAUGUUAAACUGACUGUGUUGUUACAUAUAAAGGAUAUUGGGAUGCCAGAAGCUCUCUUGUCGUUUGGUCUUCGCUUUUUGAGGAACUUGAGGAAAAAGCCAGUUGAUUGAUGACAAUUAUGAUUGCAUGCUUAGAGGAAAUUAUUUUGCCAAGUGCAAUGUUGUGCGACAGAGAUGAUGUUGUACCUCGAGAUGUUAAAAUGUGUGAGUUUAUUAAGUGGCCAAAGGCCUAUGUGACUCCCAUAGGAGUGCGAUCAAGAUAAAAGUGUCGAUGACAGUAGAUUGAUUAUUUUUUAAUUUUCAAUAUGUAAGUAGGGGUUGCUAGGAUGUCUACCGAUUUGUAUUCCAAUAUUCUAUUUUCUUAAAAGAAAUAAUUAAUAAAGUUAAUUUUAGGUUC